AUAUCUCUAUAAAAACAUUCUCAAAUAUCAUCUCUACAUUGAGGGUUCCUAUUUCAUUCUGCUGUAUACGUGGCCGGCGCCCAAUCAUUAUUACGACGAGCUGUAUUCCUCCUCCCAAUUAUGUCUAGAUGCUGGUAUAUCCCAUGCCAACAUAAUGGUCUAUGCUGCUCCAAAUAGUAUUCUACUGUUUCAUGAUUUACCCUUCACCGAAUUUCAUUGCAUGGCCAAUGUUCCGAUUAUUCACAAUAAAUUUAGAAAUGGCCGAUGGCAGCAUACGAAUUUUUAUGUUGCCAAGUCGAAUAAUUUAUAUGGAUGUCCGUUGGUUUGUGCCACCUGGGAAGAUAUGCCGUACUUUGAAGUACUUGACGAAAAAAGUAGGGCCACAUCGAGCGAACGUUAUAGAGGUCUGGAGGGAAGAUUAUUGGAUUAUUUGGCAAGACGAAUGAAUUUCACCGUGACAAUACGUUGGAUGUCGGAUGAAGAGAUUAAUCGCACAAUUUACGAUGAAAGAAGGAUGCUGAAGGAGCUCUUCUCUGAGGGUGCUGAUUUUGUGAUUGGAGCCUUUCACAAUAAGCCCACCUCCAUGGAGGAUAUUUACACUCCGUCAACCACCUAUUAUAUGAGCACAUAUUAUUUUGUCAUCUCUUCUAACACCGAACCCUAUGAUCCAUUUGUCAAGUUGUUGCUGCCAUUUCGUACUGGGGUUUGGUUAACCCUGAUUUUAAUGGUGGUAAUUGGUAAUGCUGUUGUAUUUUCGAUUUCGCAACUCAAUUGCAAGCUGAAAUAUUUAUUUUUGGAACGGAAAAUCCACAGACCCGUCUACAAUACAUUUGUCAUAAGUUUAGGUGGUGGUAUAUCUCGCGACCCGAGAAUACCAUUUUCUCGAUUUCUACUUAUGGUAUGGCUAUUGGCCUCAUUUGUAUUGCGUACCAUUUAUCAAGGGAUAAUGUAUCAUUUAUUACGGCAUGAUCUGCAUCGAUCACCACCCAAGACGAUCAAUCAAUUGCGCAGAGAAAAUUAUACCAUACUUAUGCCUGAGAUAAUUUACAACGGGGUGGAACAUUUGAAGAGGUUACAUGAAACCGCAGUUAUUAUGAAUGCCAGUGAAAUUGAAAGUUUCCCCAUGUUAAACCAUCCCGAGAAAUAUGGUUUCGGAAAACUUGCCAUCCUAACGGCCCACGAACGUUUUGGAUAUUUUAAAUGGUUUCAUCGCAACAAUAAGGGUUACUACUUGGUACCAGAGGUCCUCUUCACCCAGAGAUUAAGUAUUUAUAUGAUGAAAAAUUCGAUAUUUCUAAAUCGUUUCAAUAUGUACAUUAAGAGUUAUUUUAACGAGGGUCUGAUGCAUCGUUGGGAGAAGUAUUUAUUAACGAGGAAUACAUUUCGUAAAAUGCGUACCGAUGACAUACCCAAGGCGAUGGGUUUGUAUGAAUUAUAUGGAGCCAUGAAUUUGUAUUUGCUUUGUUUGGCUGGAUGUGUUCUGGUGUUGGCGGGUGAGAUUGUCUUUUAUCGUGUGGGUUUGUGGUUGAGAAGACGAAGGAGAUUGUAUCGAAAGCGUCAGCGGAAGUUUCAGUGGGUUGAUUAA